GAAGUUGGAAAGCUUUUUUCCCUACUUCUUCUUUAGCCUCGAGUGGUCUAUCUUCGUUCUCCCUCCUUAUCCUCCAUGGCCUUCUCUCAGCUAGCAUCCUCGCCUGAGGACGCUGACUCCGAUCGGCAGCGAGGCCCGUGCUAUCCUGGCGAAGAUAGAACCCCCACCACUAAACGGGAAAUCUGGGGCUGGUACGCCUACGGGAUUGCGGCUGAAGUUUUUGCUGUCUGUGGUGUCGGUUCGUUCCUCCCUCUCACCUUGGAGCAAUCGGCUCGCGAACAAGGUUAUCUCCAGUCCAGCCGUCUUCCCUGUGUCGGCCCGGAUGCACCUGCAACUUCUGGCAAUGGAACAUCACCGAUAAAAGAGGCCUGUGUGGUCCCAUUGAUGGGAUUGGAGAUAAAUACGGCGAGUUUUGCUAUGUAUACUUUCUCUCUGGCGGUGCUUGUCCAGGCCUUGACACUCGUGUCCUUUAGCGCCCUCGCAGAUUAUGAAUACAACCGGAAAACUUUGCUUCUCACUUUCGGAUAUGUUGGCUCUGCAACCUCGAUGUUAUUCAUGUUGAUUGCGCCGUCAGUAUAUGUUCUUGGCGCUGUUUUGGUCAUAAUCGGCGUCACCUGCUUGGGAUCAUCAUUUGUGGUGUUGAAUUCCUUUCUACCUAUCCUCGUCGCCAAUGAUCCUUCCCUUAAAUCCAAACCCACUGGGGAAACUGGCGAAGAGCUACAUCGCCUUAAUACUGCGGAAGAGGAUGCAUCGCUCAGGUCGUGGACCGAUGACGAGGAACCUGGCAUUCGUUCUUCCGCCGCAAGAUUCGAAAAGACGUCGGGAUCAACAUCAACAUCGCCCGAGCUGCAGCUAUCGACCAGUAUUUCGUCCCGGGGCGUAGGUUUGGGGUAUUGUGCUGCUGUGUUCGUGCAGAUUCUUAGCAUUCUGCUUCUAUUCACACUGUCAAAGACCCGUAUAUCCAAGUCUUUCCCAACGCUCCCUCUUCGGUGCGUGCUCUUACUCGUCGGAAUAUGGUGGUGCGGGUUUACUUUCGUCUGCAAGCGUUGGCUACGUGACCGUCCUGGCCCCCCGCUGGAAGAUAUCUCCCCGGGCUCUGGAUACCGUCAGAAAUGGCGUGUAUGGUUACGCCUGGUGGGGUUUGCAUGGAAGUCGCUGUGGAAAACGAUGAAGCUAGCUGUGAGACUGCGUCAGGUGGUUAUUUUCUUGGCAGCCUGGUUCUUGCUCUCGGACGCCAUGGCCACGGUAUCUGGUACCGCAAUUUUGUUUGCGCGGACUGAGUUGCAUUUAAGCAACACUUUUGUUGGGCUGCUCUCCAUCACUGCAACAACAUCCGGAAUGGCUGGUGCAUUCCUGUGGCCGGUUGUGUCGCGGUGGUUUGGCCUAGCGUCGAACCAUACGGUGUUAUUGUGUCUGGCUUUAUUCGAGAUUAUCCCGCUAUACGGCAUGUUGGCUUACAUACCGGUAGUACAGAAAUGGGGAGUGCUAGGGCUACAACAGCCUUGGGAGAUCUUCCCGCUUGGUGUUAUCCAUGGGGUCGUUUCAGGAGGUCUUUCAUCAUACUGUCGGUCACUGUUUGGCGAGUUGAUCCCUCCAGGAAGCGAAGCGGCCUUUUAUGCCCUCUACGCUGCGACAGACAAAGGCAGCUCGUUCGUAGGCCCCGCAAUCGUUGGCGUGCUCAUCGAUGCCACCGGGUCAGUACGAUCGGGGUUUGUAUUCAUUGCGGUACUGAUCCUGCUGCCCAUGCCAUUGAUUUGGCUAGUAAAUGCGGAUCAAGGACGACAUGAUGCCAUCUCAAUGGCUGAGCAUUCACGCGCUGGCGAAGAGGGAGAAGGUUUACUAAGGUAAACUGACGUCUCUCAUUAGAGGCCAAAAAUUACAUAUAUAGAUAAGAAUAUAUAGAACUAGCCAACGACCCCUGAAACGCUAAAGAUGAACCAAAUCCCAUUCCAAAUCGC